GCGACCCCGACCGCGAUGCUGGCGCUCCGCCGCGGCCCCCGCCUGCUCGGCCUGCUCCGGGGCCCGCGCGCCGCCCCGCCGCGCCUCCCCGCCGCCCGGGCCUGCAGCGGCGGCGCCCGCGACCCGCCGUCUUCCUCGGGGAACCCGCUCGUGUACCUGGACGUGGGCGCCGACGGCCUGCCCCUCGGCCGCGUGGUGCUGGAGCUGAAGGCCGAUGUUGUCCCAAAGACGGCAGAGAACUUCAGAGCCCUGUGUACCGGGGAGAAGGGCUUCGGCUACAAAGGUUCUAGCUUCCACAGAGUGAUUCCGUCCUUCAUGUGCCAGGCGGGCGACUUCACCAACCACAACGGCACCGGGGGAAAGUCCAUCUAUGGAAGCCGCUUUCCUGAUGAGAACUUCACGCUGAAGCACGUGGGGCCAGGUGUCCUGUCCAUGGCAAAUGCAGGCCCCAACACCAACGGCUCCCAGUUCUUCAUCUGCACCGUGAAGACGGACUGGUUGGAUGGCAAGCAUGUUGUGUUUGGCCACGUCAAAGAGGGCAUGGACGUCGUGAAGAAAAUAGAAUCUUUUGGUUCCCGGAGUGGGAAGACGUCCAAGAAGAUCAUUAUCACAGACUGUGGCCAACUGAGCUAACCUGCCCCGGCCAGGGCGCUAGGCUGGUUGCAGCUGCGUUGGUGUUGAAUCACCUGGACGGCCACCUCAGGCCCCAGCAAAGGUGCCCCGUCAAGUUGCCUGUUCUACCAUCAGUGUGUCUUUGAGGAAGGCCUCUCUAGGAUGUCACAUCUCCACAGGGCCCAGCAAACUGCCUCCCAUGUCCACCCUUCCUCACACCCCAUUUCAAGACACUGGUCGUGAACACGAUGUCACCGCUCCUCAUCAGGCCUUCUCCGUGACUCCCCAGCCCCAGUUCACCUGUGCCUCUCAUCAGGCCUUCUCCGUGACCCCCCCAGUCCAAGUAGUACACCUGUGCCUUGGACGUUGGAAGCAGCGAUGGCUUAGCUUCAGGGACAGGUUCCUGCCUUUUCCUCGGCCGGGGCCAGGAAAGCCAGCCGCUGUAAACAGGCCAUUAUAGUUGUUCAGUGGUACCUUCGAAUCAGAAUAAUUUAAUGCACGAGGUUGCCCCGAGAUGAAGCUGUGACAUUAACUACCCUGUGCCGUCGUAUGACCUCAGUUGGCAGCAGAAGCCAUGGGAACCCAGAGCUUGGCCUUCGGAACAUUAUCGGGGCUUUUGUGAAGGGUCCUCAGCCCUGGCGUUUUCUCCCAGCCUCUGUGAAUCCCACUGGUUUGCUGCUAUGGUUUUUGAGGGGUGGAGAAGCAGACAAACCUGGGAAUAAACCCACUGCAAGCUGUGCCUAGUUGGUGAAGUUGUGAAAAAUGGAAAUGGCCCGCACAUGCCGGGGGCUCUGGAGGAAAGUAAUUGUGUAUUUUCGGAAGGGCUUUGAUUUAUCUGUGUUUAAUGUACUGAUUAUGUAUAUAAUUCACUUUUGGGACAUUUGUGUUCACUUGAAAUGUGAAAAUAAAUCCUAUUUUCUAUAGAA